AUGGCCGACUCUGAAGAUCGUGCGCCGACCGACAUCAAGGCGGAGGCACCGCAAGCCACCACAGCCGACCAGACCGCUGCUCCUCCGGCCGACGACAUCGAAGCCGCCGUCGACGUCGACACUGAGAUGCAGACCGACAGCAGCCACACCAUGGACAACAGCAGUAACGCUAAGAGCGCCGCAAACACGAACAUGGAUGGUACCAACGACGACGCUCCGUCUGUGCCACAGAUCGAGACGAGAAUGCCUGCGAAGAAGGAUGUCGCAUUGCGGGACUUUUUGAGCAAGAUGGAUGAAUACGCGCCAAUCAUCCCCGAUGCUGUCACAAACUACUACCUCACUCUCGCCGGCCUCCCUCCACCACCAGCAACACCACCCCAUCUGGCCCGCCUCCUCGCGCUCGCUGCUCAGAAGUUCAUCGCAGACAUCGCAGCAGACGCAUACCAGUACUCGCGCAUCAGAUCCACCAACACCACAUCAAACAACCCUUUGACUGGACUCGGAGGUGCUGCAGGCUUUGGCAUGAUGCCGACAGAAGAGGGCGGUGCCAAGGGUAAAGGCAAGGAUGCUGGAAAGGGUGCUCAGCUCGGUGGCCCUCGUCCUGGCUACGGUGGUGGCGGCGUAGGGUCAUCUGGCGGCAGGACGGUGUUGACCAUGGAGGAUCUGGGCAUGGCCGUCGGAGAGUACGGCGUCAACGUCAAGAGAGGCGAGUUCUACAGGUAA